AGGGCGCUCCCUCCGCCCCAGCUCGCAAGAGGCAGUGUGCUGGCCCUGACCCACGCUCCCGCCCUACCCCGCAUGGCAGGCCGUCGCGCUGCUGGAAGAGCUCCGCGACGGGCGCUGGCUCGACGAGGCGACCCGCAUGCUGUUCGUCGACAUCAACCUCUACAACCCGGACCAGAACGUGUUCGUGCUCGUCAACCUGUACAUCGAGAUCCCCCCCACCGCCGGCCUGCUCCCCAGGGUGUCGGUGAACACACUCAAACUGCUCCAGGACGAGCACUGCCAGGUGACGUCACAGGUGCUGCUGCUGGUGUUGUCGCUAUGGACCGGGUUGAUGCAGGCCGCCGAGCUCGCCGCGUGCGGGUGGUGGGACUACGUGACCGGCAUUGCGCACGACAUGCACUUGACGGCCACCGUCGUAGGCGUCGUCGUCAGCAUCAUGGGCAUCGUGAGAAACUGCCGCUCCCUGGACCCGGACUCGGACCGCGCCCUGGCGGCCCUGCGCUCCGACGAGUUCGUGGACCUGCUGACGGAGCGCUACAGCUACGACGAGUACCGCUACGUGGUGAUCCUGCUGCUGUUCCUGUCCUGCGGCCGCUUGCUGUUCCUCAGCGACUUUGGACGCCACUCCAAGCUCACCUCCACGCUGUACCGCUCGCUGCCCAACAUGGUGUCGUUCUCCUUCAUGUUCGCCAUCCUCAUGUGCUCGUUCAGCAUGCUGGCCUACCUCGUGUUCGGCACCGACCUCUACGUCUUCCGCACCUUUCGGAACUCUCUGUUCGUCCUCAUUGAAGUCAUCACCGGCCAGCUCGACUACCAGUCCUUGGCCACGACCAACCGCUUCCUCGGCCCGCUCUUCUACAUGGCCUUCAUCUUCUUCGUCGUGUUCGUGCUCUACAACAUGUUCAUCGUCAUUCUCAACGACACGUACUACGUCGUUCGGGAGGAGGCGGCCGCAGCCGAGGAGGUCGAGAUGUACGAGGUGGCCCCGUUCAUCAAGAACUGCCUGAGGAACCUUUGGGGUUGCCUCCACCUGCCCGUCACCCUGCCAAAGCGUCGGCGACCACCGCGGAAAGUGGUCCAAAUGCGAACCCUCCGGACUCUCCUGCUGGACUGCAAAGUACCACGCAAAGCCGUUGCGAACUUCAUGUGGCAGGUGAGCCGGACGGGCGGCUCUCGGCACGUGGACAAGGAGCAGGCGGCCCAGCUCGCGGCCGCCGCCACGGAGGGCAUGUGGAAGGAGCCGGCCGGCUGGGAGCACUUCCGGGACCUGUGGAGCCGCCUCGGGGAGGUGGAGCGCUGCACGCGCACGCUGAGCGAGGCCCUGGACGGCCUGCUCGAGGACCUCCGAUAGAAUGGGCGAGUGAACCUCCACGCCCAAAGGGACCGUCCAUAAAGUACGCUCGUUUUCCUGACUCGUUUUUGGCAAAUUACGGUAGCCCGGCGCCUGCCAUACUUAAGGUAGGCCAGCCCGCAGCACACACACGAGCUGCAGGCGAGAUGGUGCCUACCUAUCAGGCGCUAUGAGGGGGUCACUGAGCGAGCGUCAUUGCUCCCCCUCUCCUCUUCUUUGGGGCCGAUACACCAAACCAAUUAGUUUCUUUUAGUGUAGUUAUUUUUUUUGUUUUGUUCUCCUAAAAACAUAAAUUACAAAAACAGUGGAUCAAACACGCAAACACAAGUUAAUAAAACAGUAAGGCAAACAUUAUAACUCAAAGGCAAAUGUACGCCAGACCACGUCUCGCGUAACAGUGUUCGCGAUAUUUCACGAAACACUGAUACGCUGCGACGCGCCUACCUACGGCCUGCAGCGCUGACACCGCUGACACCUAGGAGCACCGCAACAAGCGAGCUGGUUUUUUGGUUUUUUACUGAAAAAACUUCAAGAGCUUGCAAAAUUGCCACUCUGUUCUGGAAAGUCACAGGCGUUUCCAGGUUUCCAGGCGAAAUCACCACAACUAUGAAGC